GUGGGUGACGGAGAGGGACGGGGUGCUCGGCUCGGCUCGGCUCAGCUCAGUGCAGGACGCAGGAGACGGUCGCUCUCCAAGGUGCUGAAAGUCGGAGCGCUCCCUCCUCAUUUCGCCUUCUGACGAUGAACGCGACCUCUGCCAAAAACCAAAUAUCAAACAAUGACUGGCUUCGAUCUCGCUUGGUUUAAUUUUUCCUAUUCUAACUUCUACCCUUCUGGAUUGUGUAUUGUUCAUGCAACCACUGGAUGUAUGCAACAAGACGAUACUGCAGCUUUCUAACAUUCACCUGCGUCGUUGGGAAAUAUUGAAUUGACUCCGGAUUCUCAGGGAACGCUAUAGAGGAUUUUUGGAGCAGUUUUUUCUCGGUGGGUCUCUCCCUCCGUAACGCAUGCCACUGGACGUGUACUGUUUGUCUCAACAAAGCCCAUUUCCUCAAGUGAUGAUGAUGAUGAUGAUGAUGGUGAUGAUAAUAAUAAUGACGCGCAGGACGGAUCUGGAGAGGAUACCGGGAGCCUAGGAAUGACAUCCACAUCAUUUUGUUGAACGUGGAUAUCGAUGUCGCGGCGAAGGAUGGGCCCUCUCCUCUCGGCCGCCUUCGUCCUCUUGCUGGCAAUGAGCGCCGUGUCUCCGGCCUUGGUUGGUAACCCCGUGGAUUACACCGCGGACGAGGCGGAGCGGACCGCCAGUGAAAACAUCGUCUUCGAUGACUACCGGGGGAAAGGAUGUGUGGAUGACAGCGGCUUCGUCUACAAACUCGGGGAGCGCUUCUACCCGGGACACUCGAACUGUCCGUGCGAGUGCACGGAGGACGGGCCCGUGUGCGACCAGCCCGAGUGCCCCAAACUGCACCCCAAGUGCACCAAGGUGGAGCACAAUGGAUGCUGCCCCGAGUGCAAGGAGGUGAAAAACUUUUGCGAGUACCGGGGGAAAACGUACAAAAUACUGGAAGAAUUCAAGCCGUCAGCCUGUGAAUGGUGCCGCUGCGAACCAAAUAACGAGGUGCACUGCGUGGUGUCCGACUGCGCCGUCCCAGAGUGCGUCAACCCCGUGUACGAGCCGGAGCAAUGCUGCCCCAUCUGUAAAAACGGUCCAAAUUGCUUUGCUGGAACAACGAUCAUCCCAGCCGGAAUUGAAGUAAAGGUGGACGACUGCACCAUCUGCCGCUGCCACAACGGAGACUGGUGGAAGCCGGCGCAGUGCUUGCGGCGGGAGUGCCUCAACGGCCAGACGUUGUCAUAGAGAGACUCCACAGGGGAUGGUGGAAAAGCUCAGGCAUGGCCCUGCCUACUGCACCAUUUUCUAUGAUUGACAGGGCAGGAGCACAAUUCCUACGGAACCUGAGACGGCGUAGCAUCGAAGAGAUGCGCUCACAAGCCUCACACAAAACACAACUUUAGCCACUGAGAAGAAGGCGGAGCUUGUCACAAGGCUGUUUCCACCCUCCAAUUAUAAUUGUCCUAUAUAUUUUCAAAAGUUGACUUGCUGCUCCCACACACAAAAAAAAAAGUUUCUAUGCUCCUUGAACACUUUCCUAACCAUUGGCAAUGUUGGAUUGCUCAUGCUGAUUUCCGUACGUAUGCGAUCUGCUUGUUGUCUCUCACAGUCACGCGGGUGUUGUAAUGUUUCAACAGCAGGAAAAAAACAAACUGUAAGCACACUGAACAGCGCUUUCUUUUUGUCAUACGAGGAUUGACACCUGUGAAAGCACUGCAAAGGUGUGCUCGAGUGUCAACACUCUCAGAGCUUGUUUACAAGAUGCACAUCUCACAUAAAUGUUUGCGUCUCCAUAAGACUUGUGAUCACUAUGGCAGGAAAUCACCUCUAACACUUAGAUGAUGCUACCGUUCAUUAUUUUAUUGCUCUACAUUUAGCUGUUUGGAGUCUCGUCUCAGGACAGAAAGUUGGAACUGUCGAAUUAGAAAAGCAGGAAAUGUGGUGGAAACUAUGAGAAGAGCAGAUUUCUGCAACACUGCAUCAAAACCACAACUUUGGGCAGCCUCUUCCGGUUUAAUUGUCGUUAUUGUUUUCUCUCAGAGGUCCAUAUCCUCCAAAAUAUUCCCGCAAACUAACUGCUUGAACUCGUUAUCAAAGCAAUUAGCGAGCCAAGAGCAGCCUGCUUUAAUUUCCCCUAAUCAAGGAGUAUUCUGUGAUAAAUCAUCCAGCUGGGUGCUUGGCGCUGCUGCAUCCUGCAUACUGGGCACACUCUACAAGAACCAGCAGGCAAAAGGAGGGAAUCUGCGUCUGUCUAAAUGCUUUCAAGCAGCAUUCACGUGCACAUUGUACAUGUGAACAUGCACAAGCAUGCCAUUAAUCCACAAUCUCAUAGCCACAGUAUGUUGGUCUGCACCCAGUGAAGCACUUAAACCUAUAAGUUACAAAGCGGUUACAAAGCGGUUACAAAGCGGUUACAUUACCCCACUGCUAUAGAUUGUGUAAUAGAUUUCCAGCCCCUCCCCUCUCCGAUAUGUUAGAAAAGCUCUUCCAAUGAGGUCUGGCUGUAUGGCAAGUACUACAACAUAAAGACAAGCUAUUAUAUUGCCUAGAUAUUUCCCAAGACCAGAGAGGUCCUCAAGUGGGUCAGUCUCAAAGAAAAAUCACCCACCCAGGGCCCAAAACACAAUAUUUGUGAGAUGAUAUAUACUGGUCUUUAAUUCAAAAGUUGAAUUCCAGUAGGCUCAUGCCCUUCAUCACUACAAUUUUUUCCAUUUCCAGAAAAAACGUUCCCGUUAACCUUUUAGACCCUAUUCCUGGGUGGUGAUGGAUGGGGCUGCUUAAUAGCAGCUCCCAGCUCUCUGUAAUGAGACAGAAAUGAACAUAGGAUAAAGACCAAUGAAUAAAGAGGUAUAUUACCUUAAAAGGCACUAAAACUAAUGUUUGGAUAAAUUUCAUAGUCUGCAAAGUCUGCUGCAUAUUCUAAAGCUGCAGCACACAGCUGAUGGAGGACUCAGAAUUUAAAAAAAGUUGGAGUUCAAUCCUAGGUGCAACAAUGGAGCUCGGGUCAUUUUCAUCAUUAACCUAGAGUGAUUUAGUGUCUCUUAAUGUGAAAAGACAGUCCUCAUCCAUCUGGCUUGAGGUCUGCAGUCUCAUAAAACUAAAUUGACACCUAUGGUUUAUCAAUCACAACCUCAAUGCUCCAGAUAUUUUAGGCUUAAUUC